AAAAAUAAGGCCAAGUCUCGGAGAUAUGAAGAGAUCGAUGCAGCUCCCGAAGAAAGAGCACGAGGAAUUACUAUCAAAACCGCUCACGUUGAGUAUGAAACUGACACCAGACAUUAUGCUUUAAUUGAUUGUCCGGGUCACGCCGACUAUAUUAAAAAUAUGAUUACAGGUGCAGCCCAAGCCAACGGCGGAAUUUUAGUGAUUGAUGCCAGCCAAGGUAGCCAAAAGCAAACCGAGGAACACCUUCUUUUGGCAAAACAAGUGGGAGUAAAAGAUAUGGUCGUUUUUGCGAAUAAGGUUGACGUGGUGAAAGAUAAGACAAAAGAUGAGGAAGAGUUUAAGGAAUCGUUGGAUCUAACGAAAGAAGAAAUUGAAGCAUUAUUAAAAGAGCACGGGUUUAACGAAAGUUCCCCCAUUAUUUUUGGUUCAGCGAAAAAGGCGUUAGAAGGAGAUGCCGAACAAGAGAAAAAAAUUGAGGAGUUAAUUGAUGCGGUUGAUAAAUAUAUUCCGACACCACCGAGCGAUGAGAGCAAGCCGUUCUUGAUGUAUAUCGAGGACAAUAUGUCGAUUACUGGUCGUGGGACAGUAGCCACUGGCAAAGUGGAAAGAGGAACACUUAAACCGGGUGAAGAAGUGGAAAUUGUGGGAAUAAACGCCGAAAAAGUUAAAACCAAAGCCACCAGUGCCGAAAUGUUUCAUAAGGAGUUAAAGGAAGCCAAGCCAAAUUUUAAUAUAGGGGUUCUCCUGCAAGGCACUACCCGAGAACAAGCACCCCGCGGAGCUGCCUUAGCCAAACCGGGUAGUAUCAAUGCUCAUAAAAAAUUCGAGGCUCAAAUUUACAUUCUAACCAAAGAUGAAGGAGGUCGUCAUACCCCCUUUGAGGCUGAUUACAGUCCACAAUUCUAUUUCUACACUUCGGACAUCUCCGGCACUAUCAAAUUGCCAAAAGGAAAAGAACUUGUCAAGCCAGGCGAUGACCUUAGUUUGGAAGUUCACCUUAUUCAUCCAGUUGCUAUUGAAAUUAAUAGUACUUUCUCAAUCCGAGAAGGAGGUCGGACUAUCGGUAAAGGAGUAGUAACCAAAAUUAUUGAGUAA